AUGGUGGUUCGCCGAUCUGCGCGUCUGCGCAGCCGUCAGGCUUCCUCCGAGGAACCGCAGCUGCCUGUUGACCCCGUCAACAAUAACAACAACAAUCCCACUAGCAACGACGACCAGAACACUACUACUAAUACCCACACCACACUCCCCGCCGUGAUGGAGCGCGACGAGACCCCCGUUGUUGACGCUCCUCCCCAGCCCGAGCCCAAGGCUGCCACAUCCUCUACUUCUUCUACCAAUCUCCGCACUCCUCUCAAAGCAGCUCCUCCCCAGCCUAAGACCGCCACUACUCCUUCGGUUGCUGUGAAUCGCGGGUCGCCUCUAAAAGCAACCCCCGCGCAGAAAACUCCCUCUCAAAAAACACCGUCUCAGAAGACUCCCUCCCAAAAGACCCCUGUGGCCCAGACCCCCACUAGCGUGCUCACUCGCCCGCCUCACCAGGAGAUGCACCCCAGCAAAGUUCACCAGAGUACCACCAAACAGGCCGACUCGGGCUUGAUCCUGGGCUUCAAUCCUGUCAAGAAGGAUGCAGAGGGCAAACCUGUGAAGGAGUCCCUGGGACAGGAUACUCCCUCCAAGGCUCGACCUUCGCCCGCGUCCACCAGCUUCGGUACGCCCGGCUUCGAAUUCAAAUUCUCCUGCCAUGAGUCGCAGCUCAGUGACGAAGCUAAGAAACUUAUGGAGAGUGUGCGCGAGGAUGUCGCCAAAAUCAAGUCUCAGAUGACCGUGGACCAGAAAGAGGCCGCUUCGCAGAAGGCCGACGACCAACAGGCCGGCGACCGAAGAAUCGCGCACCCCAAGGGCAAAACCAAUCGCUUCAGCAAUGCUCACAUGGCCGAGUUCAAGAAAAUGGACUCGAUUGCCGGCCACGCGUCCGCUUUCCGUGCUACCCCCGGACGCUUCCAGCCUGUCCAGAAGACUCUCAAGCGGACCAACUCCAAGGCACGUCUGGAUGAGUCGGACAAGAAAUCGCCCGCCAAGGCGACCCCGACCAAGCCUGCUGCCGUGCCCGCCGUGUCGGCCGUGUCGGCCAGCGCCAAACGCGUGAAACAUGUUAAGACUGACGACACAUCUACGCACCGGCCCACUGAAAGCGAGCCUCGUACUCCUAGCAAGCCCGCUCAUGUCCGUCCACGGUCGGCUGUGCGCAACUCGCUGAUGACCCCGACUGCGGCUUCUGCGGCGCGCGCCACCUACACGAGCAUCAAGCCCCCUCGGGCGUCCAUGAUCCCCUCUCUAGCACGGUCUCCGUCGUUGAAUCAGCCCACCGCUCCGCGCACGCCCAGAACCGAUUUCAACCCCCGAUUCAAGACCAACAUCCCGUCCCUGUCCAACCUCAGAUCGAUUCUCCGCCGCAACCACCAGCCUCUGUUCUCCAAGGACCCUUCCAAGAUUGCAGCUGGGACUCAUGUGGCAGCGCCGGACUUCGAAUCCAAGAUGCUGGUGGGAUCAUCGCGGGACGCGUCGGAAGAUCCUGUUCAGACUCCUUCGCCUAAGAAGCGCGUCGAGUUCUCAGCUAGCACUCGCUCCCCUGCGGCCGAAGCGUCUCCCUCCCCCUCUAAAACCCCCGCAGUGAUGCCUCCGCCUAUCUCGAAUAUCGUUUAUCCCACUUUGCCAGUCUUGACUCCAGACCACGCGGUUUCCAAGUCAGCGAACGCCGAAGCCAAGCAUUCUAUCCGUCAGGUUAGCCCCUCAGAUGCUGCUCCUGUUACUACCACUUCCGCCCCCGAUGUCGCCGGCGUUCCUCACGGCAUUAGAAACAAGAAACGGCACCGGGCCACCGAAGACGAGGCCGAGGCCGAGAACGUGCCGCCGGUCGAGUCUCCCUCCGGGGCUCGUAGCACCAAGAGAGUCAAGCUGAGCUCCCCGUCUCCCACCAAGAUGCCCACUCCUAGUCCUACCAAGGCUCGGACUCACACCCCCAUGCGGUCGUCCUCGAGUGUUAGUCGAUCUGGGACCCCGGCCAGUGCUCGCCAGAGGAGUCGUGGCAUUCUGAGCAUGAGCCGUAUGAAUAUGCUCUCUCGACCCAAGAACCGUCCUUGA